AUGGCACCGGGAAGAUCUCUUCGCCCUGUAUGCGGUGGCGGUGGUUCUGCGGGCGGCGUCGCUGCUUCUGCUGGCGGCGUCGUGCGCGCGCGCAGUCGGCGCGUCCGGGGGGCCAGGGUGCCGGAAGCACGUGGCAAAGGUCACGGAGUACGGCGCGGUGGGGGACGGGAGGACGCUCAACACGGCGGCGUUCGCCAGGGCGGUGGCGGACCUUUCGCGGCGCGCGCGCGACGGCGGCGCAGCGCUGGUGGUGCCGCCGGGAAGUGGCUCACAGGGCCCUUCAACCUCACCAGCUGCUUCACCCUGUACCUCGACGAGGGCGCCGAGAUCCUCGCGUCCCAGGACAUGAACCAUUGGCCCCUCAUAGCUCCCCUGCCCUCUUACGGGAGGGGAAGGGACGAGCCUGGCCCAAGGUACAUCAAUUUCAUUGGAGGAUCCAAUCUCACUGACGUCAUCAUCACAGGUAAAAAUGGAACAAUCAACGGGCAGGGGCAAGUCUGGUGGGACAAGUUCCAUGCCAAGGAGCUCAAGUCCACCCGCGGCCACCUCCUAGAGCUCCUCCACUCUAAUAACAUCAUCAUCUCCAAUGUCACCUUCAUCAACGCGCCAUACUGGAACCUCCACCCUACCUAUUGCACCAAUGUGACCAUCAGUGGCGUCACCAUUCUUGCGCCGCUGAAUUCGCCUAACACCGAUGGAAUUGACCCAGAUUCUUCCUCACAAGUCAAGAUCGAGGACUGCUACAUCGUCUCCGGCGACGACUGUGUCGCCGUGAAGAGUGGGUGGGACGAGUACGGCAUCAGGUUCAACAUGCCGAGCCAGCACAUCGUCAUAAGGAGGCUGACCUGCAUCUCCCCCACGAGCGCCAUGAUCGCGCUCGGCAGCGAGAUGUCUGGCGGCAUCCGCGACGUGCGCGCCGAGGACAGCGUCGCCAUCAACACGGAGUCGGCCGUCAGGGUCAAGUCCGGCGCGGGGAGGGGCGGCUUCGUCAGGGACAUCUUCGUGCGCGGCCUCAGCCUCCACACCAUGAAGUGGGUUUUCUGGAUGACCGGCAACUACGGGCAGCACCCAGACAACACGUCCAACCCCAACGCCAUGCCCGAGGUCACCGGCAUCAACUACAGUGACGUGUUCGCCGAGAACGUGACCAUGGCCGGCAGGAUGGAGGGCAUCCCCAACGACCCCUACACCGGGAUCUGCAUAUCCAACGUCACCGCCCGCCUCGCGCCGGGCGCCAUGGAGCUGCAGUGGAACUGCACCAACGUCAAGGGGGUCACCUCCGACGUCUCGCCCAAGCCGUGCCCGGAGCUCGGCGCGGAGGGCAAGCCGUGCGCCUUCCCUGAGGAAGAGCUCGUGAUCGGCCCACCGGAGCUGCCAAAGUGUAGCUACUGA